AUGAGCGCCAGAACCCGACGGCAAAAGGCGGCUCUCGCUGUCCCUGGGGAGGACAGUGAGGAAGGCAAUGGUGCCGUGUCCACUCCAUCCAAGCGAACACGCUCGAAACAAAGGUCUCGCUCUGCGGCGCGUGAAGAAUCACGAGAGAACGUGUUUCUCUUCUGGCCUAACCUCAUUGGGUACUCCCGAAUCAUCAUGGCCUUCGCAUCGCUCUACUAUAUGCCCCUCCAUCCUCGAACCUGUACAAUCCUUUACAGUCUGUCAUGUGCAUUUGACGGCCUGGACGGAUAUGCUGCGCGAUACUUCGAUCAGUCCACUACCUUCGGCGCCGUGUUGGACAUGGUCACCGAUCGUUGCACCACAGCCUGCAUGCUGGUCUUCCUGAGCUCCGCAUGGCCCCGGUGGGCUAUUAUCUUCCAGGCUCUGAUCUGCUUGGAUAUUGCCAGUCACUGGCUGCACAUGUACGCUACUUUGAGCAUGGGCGGUUCCAACCAGAGCCACAAGAAGGUCGAUUCCAACCGUAGCUGGGUCCUGUACCAGUACUACAACAAUAAGAUGGUUUUGCUUAUGUGUUGCCUGAUGAACGAGGUGUUCUUCAUCGGUCUCUACCUGCUGUCCUUCUCUUCGCCAACCUUGUCCCCUUCGCUUCUGCAGCCCGUUCCCGAUGCCCAGCCAUCCUCCGUGCAGCCCGGAAAUCCCGCUUUCCCUGCCCCCAAUACCCUCUUCGGUAGUCCGUGGAGUGCCGGUGCUCUUGAGCUGGCCCGUGCAAACAAGCUUGACAGCACCUUGCCUUGGAUUGUGACAAUCAUCGCAGCUCCAGUCAUGGCUUUCAAGCAAUUCGUCAACGUUGUCCAGCUGGUCAAGGCAGCUAGAUGGAUGGCAGAGGGUGACAUUGAGGCUCGCCGUAACCGCAAGAAGAACUAA